AUGGCUCAGCCACGUUUUUUGGCAGAUGCAUUCCCUUACACCAAGACCAUCAAUGGCCAGGAGAUUGCAUUUACAGACUACGGCUUUGCCCAUGACGGGCCUGCGAUAGUCACUUUCUCCGGAUGGAACUCCGACCACCGAGGAUAUUCCUAUGUCACGUCAUAUUUGAUGGAGCAUUAUCGUGUUAUUAGCAUCUGCUUCAGAGGCCAUGGACCUAACCGCGAUAACGUCGAAGACUUUGGGUUCGACGACCAUGCCCGGGAUGCCCUGGCUCUGCUGGAUACGCUAGGCGUCGAUCAGUUUAUUGUUCUUGCAGCGUCCCACGGAAACUGGGCAGCAAUGAACUUGGCUGAGAUAGCGGGCCGUGAGCGCUUGUUAGCAAUCUUGAUCCUGGACCAUCUAGCAGUCGACGCUUCUCCUCAGUUCUACGGAGCGCUGAAAGCCCUGCAGGGGAAAGAUACUUGGCGCCAGACGACCGUAGCCUUCUUCAAGAGCUGGCUUGGUGGUAACCAAAAUCUAAAUAUUGAGUACCAGUGUCUUACCGCUAUUGGAGGCUUUGGUUACGAAACCUGGGCUCGAUCCGGCAGGACGGUUGAAGCAGCAUACAGAACCUGGGGCUCUCCGUUGAAGAGGCUUGAAGCACUGAAUGACCCGCCUUUGGUCCACCACGUUUACAGUCAGCCUGGUAGCGAAGAAUAUGCGAAGCUUCAUCAAGACUUUCAGCAAAAGCACCCGGAAUGGUUCACUUAUACUCACGCCAAGGGCGAUACGCAUUUCCCCCAUAUUGAGCAGCCGGAGUUGGUCUUCAAAGAGACGGUGGCACUUAUGGAAAAAGCUAUCAAGCGAGCAGCGCCUACAAAGAAUUAA